CCUCUAGCCACUUCCCUCGUGUCAUGGCCCCGAAACGGCAAUCUGCGCUUCUGCCUCAGUCCAAGAAACCCAAAUCGGCUCCUUCCCCGAAACUGGAGGACAAGUCUGCCUCUCCCGGCCUGCCAAAGGGAGAAAAAGAACAGCAAGAAGCAAUUGAACACAUUGACGAAGUACAAAAUGAAAUAGACAGACUUAAUGAACAAGCAAGUGAGGAAAUACUAAAAGUAGAACAAAAAUAUAACAAACUCCGCCAACCAUUUUUUCAGAAGAGGUCAGAAUUGAUCGCUAAAAUCCCAAAUUUUUGGGUAACCACAUUUGUCAAUCAUCCUCAAGUGUCUGCACUGCUUGGGGAGGAAGACGAAGAGGCUCUGCAUUAUUUAACCAGAGUUGAAGUAACAGAAUUUGAAGACAUUAAAUCAGGUUACAGAAUAGAUUUUUAUUUUGAUGAAAAUCCCUACUUCGAAAAUAAAGUUCUCUCCAAAGAAUUUCAUCUGAAUGAGAGUGGUGACCCAUCCUCAAAGUCCACUGAAAUCAAAUGGAAAUCUGGAAAGGAUUUGACAAAACGCUCGAGUCAAACACAGAAUAAGGCCAGCAGGAAGAGACAACACGAAGAGCCAGAGAGCUUCUUUACCUGGUUUACUGACCACUCUGAUGCAGGUGCAGAUGAGUUAGGAGAAGUCAUCAAAGAUGACAUUUGGCCAAACCCCUUGCAGUACUAUUUGGUUCCUGAUAUGGACGAUGAGGAGGGAGAGGCAGAAGAUGAUGAUGAUGAUGAAGAAGAAGAAGAAGGCUUAGAAGAUAUUAAUGAGGAAGGAGAUGACGGCGAAGAAGAUGAAGAUGAUGAUGAAGGGGAAGAAAGAGAGGAGGAUGACGGCGAGGAUGACUAG